AGGACAUGGAGCCAGCCAGCCAGAGCUGGGCAGCUGCAUCAACACAAAAACCAGGAUUAACACCCCAUCUGAUGGGUCAACACUGGAACCAGGACUGAUGAUCUCCCAGGAGGGAGCAGCUCACUGGAUCUCUCUCUCUCUCUCUUUUGCAGGACAGGACAAUGGAGACAGACAAGGAGUGGAAAACGGAGACAAACAAUGAGAGGAUGAUGGAGAUUGCAAGGAAAUGGCAAUGGAGACGGACAAGGAGAGAACAAGGGAGAUGGACAAUGAGGACACGAUGGAGAUGGACAAAAUGAGGAUGACAGAGGACAGGACAACGGAGAUGGACAAGGAGAGGAUAACGGAGACAGACAAUGAGAGGACAGUGGAGAUGGACAAGGAGAGGACAACGGAGAUGGACAAGGAGAAGACAAUGGAAAUGGAGAAGGAGAGGACAGCAGAGAUGGACAACGAGAGGAUGACAGAGAUGGACAAGGAGAAAAUGAUGGAGACAGACAAGGAAUGGACAGUGGAGAUGAACAAGGAGAGGAUGACAUAGAUGAACAGCAAGAGGAUGACAGAGACAGACAAGAAAUGGAAGAUGGAGAUGGACACUGAGAAGACAUGUUAAUAAAAGAUGCUUUUUUUUUAA